AUGAACGCUGUCGCCGAAAUCUCCCGAGGCCUUCGCCAACCCUCAACAAAACCAAUCUGGUUCAGGGAAUCCAUCCUUGAUCCGCGACAACUCUCUAUCACGGAUAUAACACCGUCAAGCGAGAUUUUGAAAGAACACGCAGUGGAUCUAUCACUCGACCAAAUCAAUCAGCUGAAGAAUAAUUUUACCAAGGAAACAGAUGGGAAAUAUUGCUCUAGCUUUGACGUCUUAACUGCAAUGAAUCUAGAGCCUCAUACUAAUGUCACUCUAGUGUUUCCUAUAAAUAUGAGAUCAAGUGAGGAACAAGUGCUGCCUUUUAGAGGUGGUUACUAUGGAAACCUUGUCAGCAUGAAAACAGUCAAGGCUACUAGUGAGUACGUUUGUCGAGCGACACUCGCUGAGAUGGUAAGCAAGCUAAGAGAUGCCAAGCGGAGACCCCUGAAGGAGUCAGAAGAAAUCGAGCUUUCGUAUUCCACGCUCUCUGUAUCCGAUUGGAGGCAUACUGGGUUUUUUGAGGUUGACUAUGGAUGGGGUGCACCGACAAAUAUCGUGCCCUAUCCGGCAAAAAUUGACCUACCAAUUGGUCUCUGUGCACUGCUUCGGUCUCCUGUUUUCGAGGGAGGUGUUCGGUUGUGGACGCAAUGCGUUUGGAGAGAACACUUGGAAGCCUUCCUUAACGAGAUGAAGGCGCCGUUUGAUAAUAUUUAG